CAACACUAAAUUUAAAACGUCAAAAAAUGCGAAAAAAAGCCGCAAGGCAACUGUUGUAGUAUUUUUUGUUUUGUUUUAAAAGUUAUUUGUGUAUAAUUAUUGUUGUUAAGCCUCUAAAAGAGUGUACUAAUUAUUAAUUUAUCUAGUCCUAGGCGUAACCAUAUAAGUUUGCUGGCCAAAUGGUAGCCAUGUCUAUUUUUCGUGUGCCAUUAUAUUAUUAAUCGAUUGUUCUUUGUUGUUAAAAGUGUGAUUUCUGGUGCUUAUAUUGAGGUUCUCCUCCACAAAUCCUCGGAAAAACACUCACGCUACAGUUUCACACGUAUAUAACAUUGCGAAAGUGUGAUGAAACCUUUUUGUGAAAAAAUCCCGCCAAUAAAAAUUUGGUGAAAAUUUUGCAUAAAAAAUAAACGUAACAUACUUUUUAGUGCUGAGUCUUUGGAAAUGGGGAAAUUGCUGUUUAAACGCACUGAAAACGUCAGAGUUGCUGCAAUAAAUUGUUAGUAAAAGAGUUUCAAUAAGAUUCUUGCUAGAAUCAUGUCAACUGUGCAAAACAGUCUUUGGACCAAAUUGCCUGCAGAGACCUUGGAUUCCAAGUACGAGAAAUGUAGAAAUAUCACAGAGGAAAUAUAUAAGAGGAUAAACAUAACAUUUCAAAUUAAAAAGCUUGAGACAAACAUACAAAGUGACUUGUCUGAUAAUAGUGACCAAAUAGAUAGUAACGAACUGAGUAAUGAGACAGACCUAUUUGCCUGUGACAAGUCUUCAAUAUCAAGCAGUACAGAGUUAGAAGCGUUAGAGCAAGGCAGUGCUGCCUGCGAAAAGUUCAUCAAUAAUAAUAACAAUGAAGAGAAAGUCAAGAAAGCCACGGUGGUUUGCAAGAGACCUCGCAAGAGAUUCAGAAAGCGGGUAAAAAAGCAGCAAUCAUCAAAGAAAGACUCGGACGGGUCCAGUGAUGAGGCCAUACCAUUAAGCCGGGUCGCAGUAGUGGACAAUAGGGCUGCCAAGUCACCUCUACACUCGUUCAUGGGAGUCCCCAAUGUUGUGAUCACACCUAUUGAUCUGAAAAAACUGAAACUACCCGUGCCAAACACAACUGCAACAAAGAAAUCUGAGUCAAAACAAACACAAAAAGCCAAAGGGGAAUCCCCUAAAGAGAAAGCCAUAGACAAAACGGUAGACAUCAAAAAGGGCGUAGACAAAAACAUAGAGUUGAAAAAGGGUGUGGAAAAACCAGAGAUAUUGACUAUCAAAGAGAAAAGUCCCUCAGAAUGGAACUGCACUUUAUGCAGUUUGUCAUUUAAAGGAGAACGGGGUUUAAGACGCCACAUGACGAUGUCACACAUUAUAAGUCCGGACGAAGAGAAAAAAUCUAAUAAAUCGCGAGAGGAGACCUAGAUUUGGUAAACCCCAUUGAAGCGGUUCAAGUCAUUCAGCAAUGUACAGAAAUAUUUAUGAAAAAAAAAAACGUAAAAUGUUACGUCACAUCUAUUUCGUGACCAAUGUCUCGGUGUGUUUUCAAAAAUAUUGUACAAAGUCAAUUAUAUUUUAGGACAGUGCCAAUUUUGCUUUGCGACAAUUUUCUGGCGAAAUUUCUUAUAAAAUACUAGGCGAUGCCC